AUGCGCGCCGUCGACUCUCUGUUGAACACUACAGCCGCUGCUGCCAACAUUGAAGCCCUUCAAUCCUCGUAUGCCCCAAUUGGAGACAGCUCGGCCAAUCUCCAGCAGCAGCUUCGUGACCUCAACGAUACCAACGACGAGCUCGAUGCCGAGAUCGCUAAAAUGCAGGCUCAGCAGCAAGCCGUUCAGGCUCAGAUCCGCAUUCAUGGAGCGCUUCUCGCGCCCAUACGCCGUCUGCCCGACGAGCUUCUCUCGCACAUAUUCCUUCUCCUACCCCAAGACGGCAGUAGAAGGUACAACUUCGUCCGGGUCUGUCGUCGCUGGUGCACCGUUGCGUUACAUACCGCCAAAGUAUGGACGCAUAUCGAGAUCUCUUCGCACAGGCUGCCUACCGAAAGCGACCUUCUACGACGACUCGCCAUGACAGCCCAAGCUCCCUUACAUAUUGACUUCCAUGACGGCGACCCAGAACCGGACUACGCGCGACUGCUGUCCCUUCUCUAUGAACAAUCAUCGAGAUGGGAAACAGCACUGCUCAGGGGAGCCCCACAAUCCGUCGUGGCGUGGGACCCCUCACCUUUGCCUAUGCUUCGUGCAGUCACUAUCGAGGGCCGUAAUGACUCCCGUGAGUUGGACGACGAGGAAGAAGAGCAGGCACUCGAGAAUCCCGAUGAGCACACUGUGGUUUCUCGAUACCUGCAUCUCUUUCGGGAUGCGCCCAACAUCGAGAGCGUCUCUAUCCAGUGCCUGGAGAAGCCUGCGGCUCUCAGCUUCCCCUCCUCGUGGUCGAAAAUCAGGCAACUGGAUAUCAACUGCACCGACUGCGAGUCUAUGGGACGGACGCCGCUCCGAACGUUCCUCCCAGCUCUCUUCUCGUACAGGCAUACGCUCGGGUCGUGCAGCCUGUGCGCAAAUGACCUGGGACUCAGUCCUGACGCCUUCAGCUCUGGGCCGUUAGUGUUUCCCCGCCUCGUAGAGCUCGUCCUCUGCGGGGCACCGAUCCAGCUAUGCGUACAUAUCGUGGCGCCCCGUCUUCAGCGCAUUGAAAUCGACCUGUCGCUGGAAAACUCGCCAGCACACGAGCUGGCUGGCUUCAUUGUACUCCUCGAAAAAUCAUCCGGUUGCCCGGACCUGCGUUCGGCCACGUUCAAAGCUCUCAACGAGGAACCCGCCGACGUUAUCGACUGCCUUUCCAAACUGCCACCAUCAGUUGUGACACUCGACUUACUCGACGACCCUCAUCAAGAGUGGGCGCCACCCAUGCCGCUGGUUACGUUGGAGGUCCUGAAGGCACUCACUCUACGUCGGGGCUGCGAACAACUUCUGCCCCAGUUGACCAGCUUGCGCCUCCGGCCCACAGACGAUCUAGUUUCUGAUAUGUAUGACGAUGCGGACAGGACACGGAAGGUACUAGAGGCCUUGCGGGACUCGCGCGCGCCGUCCUCGGGCACGAGUGGCGGGGAGGGGCCGUUGGCAGGGCUUCGGUCCCUUGUAUAUGAUGACAUUGAUAACGUCGAACUCAUUCGGGAGGGAAAAAUCACCGGGUUGAUGCCACGGACUCAUGUAUGGUGAGGGCAGAUGGCUUGCUAUAUCGUGUACCAAAGCCGCGUCAGGCGUCGAAGUCUUGGUUACUGUAUAUCGAUGGACAAAUGCCUGUCCGAUGGCUUCAGCCUCGUACUUCCUCAGUAGUGACAGCGCAUGUGAUGUUCUGCUCUGAAUGCUACGUAGAAAAUGCGGUGAAAAUUUUCAGUCACU